AUGUCAAAGAUAUGGAUUCAAAUCAAUAAUAAUGAAAAUCUUUCCAAUCUCGUUCAAGGAUCAAUCAAAAGCCAAUCAUAUUUCCAAGAUAGUUUAGUCCAUUCAAAUGUUAGUCAAAGUGACUCUAUCAAUCAUUCAACAGAAUACUGUGGAGGCGGAGGUAGAAAUAACUUUGGCGGUGGCAAUGGAUCCAACUACGGAGGGGGAAAUGGUGGUUAUAAUAACUAUUCUGGAGGUAACAAAUGGUGUGAUACAUACACAGAUACACAGAAUACAUAA